AUGUUAAGGCAGAAUCAGGUCCCCCAGCCAGGGAACGAUGGAGAGUCUGAAGGUGUAGAACACGACCAAGAACACGUUCUGCCACCUCGAAGUCUAGAGAAUGAUUUGGAAGAUAAAAAACACCAGCCCAUUUCCAGAAUCAAAAGGUGUUACAGUGAGAGCAACAGAAAAUGUGGGGAACAAAGUUCAGUGUUUAAUGCAGAUGGCAAAGUGGUUGCUCUGCACUCCUUUGGGCAGUUUUAUGAAAGUGAGGGAAAGGAGUCGUCACCGUCCUCACGGAGCAAGUAUGUCCUCCCCGCAUUUGACCAGCUUUUCAAACACGGCCCCCAGUACCGAAGGGAUCUGCCCUGUUCGGGUUCUUCAACCACAAGGUGCUGUCUGAAGCCCCUGGAGGGCGCGCCUUUGGCCGUCGUUUGGGAGAUGCCCGACUCCGGAGUCCUCCCUGGGGACCUUCGAGUUCCGCUUCUAGCAACGCGCCCCCCGGACCCCGGGAGCAGGGGCGCGGGGCUCCUCCUCCGGCUGCCAGAGUCCGUGUGCAUCGGCCCCUCGGACACGCUGACUCGCUUGCCUGCGGGGAAGUGGGGAGUCCGGGCGGUGUUCCGCAGCGGCCGCCAGGUGGAACCCGGGAUGCCUGACCCACCGUCGCCCACCCCGCAGAGGCGGAGGGCAGCCACCGCCCCGCAACAAGCACCCGGGCGCGGCGGGGACCGGCCUCUCGUCCCGCAGCUCCUGAAGCUGGACCCCGGCUUCCCGCUCCGCGCAGCCCCGCACAAUCAAAACGCGGGAAAGUCCCGUGUCACCCGGCUCCUCCCGCGCGCCUGCAGCUGGCGGCCGCAGCGGACCGGGAAGGCGGGGAAGGGACAGCGGGUCCGGGUUGCUCCAGGUCUGCCCCGGAAGGCGGCAGCCGGCCGAGCGCCGCGCUCGGGGCCGACUGGGCGGGAAGCGCUGCGGCGGCGUCCGGAGCGCGGGAUCUUCCACUUCCCGCUGGGCUGUGCAUUCGCGAGACAGCCCGCUCAGCGCCGCCGCCGAAGCUCCUGCCGCUCCCAGGGCGGCAGCCACCGGCCAGGUCGAGGGCAGAUUCUCGGCUCACACAGGAGGGUAAGUCCAGUUCCUCUCACUCCAAUUUGGCCAGAAAUCCAAGUCAUUUGCAGUGGGCGGAUCGACCCAGUCCCUGUUUCUUCAUCUGGGCCAGUAGUGGACGUGAGUGAGAUUCUCUUGGGACUCAUCAUGAAUCCCGUGCAAUGUGAAGACAACAAGUCACUCGGUGCCACUGAAAAUGACCAGUGCUCCACACCUGAAGUCACAAAGGAUAUUGUCACAAAGCAGACACGUUCCAGCACAACUGUGGGUCCUUCUCCAUGUGACACGGGCAAGGGCAGCGGCACCGUUCAAUGUGAAGUCGGUGGGCAUGAAGCAUCCCUUAAAAUUCGGAACCCAGACGUGAGCAGGAGUGACAAGUGUUCUUUCCGCUUUACUUUCAAAGAAGGCUCUGGGAAAAGAGACCAUAGCAUGUUUACAGCGUGUGGUGAACUCAAUGAGAGUAUCGACUCAGCUCUGAGAGCUAAUGAGAAUGUCCUCAAAAAGAUAGAGAAGUGUUCCAAUAAGAACAUUUUUGUCUAUGGGAAGGAAGCAAUAAAAGGAUAUAUCAAUUUAGGAAUGCCUCUCAAGUGCCUACCAGAAGGUUCUAAGCUUGAAAUAUCAGUUGGUCAGAGAAAGGGGAACCAGAAGGAAGGUGAUCAGAUAUUACGCCACUAUGAAAAUCCCAGCAUUGAGUGCGUUCUUUUUCACAUUGUGGCUAUUGGGAAGACGAGAAGGACGAUUGUUAGCAACAGGGCCCUUCAUGAAAUGGGAAGUACACUUUGUGUCUACGCCUUGAAGGGUGAGACUGUCAGAGAAGCCCUGUGCAAAGAUGGCCGAUUUCGGUCUGACCUGGAUGAAUUUGAGUGGAAACUCAUAGAAAAUCAUACCAACAUUCAUGGAAAACAGUCCACGGUGGAGGAAGUAGCCGGAAAAACCUUAGAACUGGACGUUUCUAAAAAGCCACCAGUUAGGAAACGUACCCCCCUAAAAACUAGGCAGAACAAUGGAAAUGCCACACAUGAAAUCAGUCCCUACGAUGUGAUGUUAAGGCAGAAUCAGGACCACCAGCCAGAGAACGAUGGAGAGUCUGAAGGUGUAGAAGACGACGACCAAGAAAACGUUCUGCCACCUGGAAGUCUAGAGAAUGAUCUGGAAGGUAAAAAACGCCGGACAAUUUCCAGAAUGAAACGUUAUUACAGUGAGAGCAACAGAAAAUGUGGGAAACAAACUUCACAUGCUUGGGAUAGGCCCCGUCUGCAUAUGGAACGUGCUAUUAACCAGGGUAUCCAGGGGGAGGCAGCUCAGCACUGGCUACAGCACUGCACAGUGUUGAGCAAUGUUAUUAUGUGGCGCAAUCCUCGUUUCAGUGAAGAUGCACGUUGGAUGAGAAAGUAUUUUGAGGAGGAACAGAAGAGAACCAAACUGCCACCAUCUCAACAAUUCAAAAUAUAUAAAGAAUGCUUUGGCACAGUAACUAAAAAUUCUGUUUCAGUUGUAACCCGUGAACGUCAUAAUCAACUUAGUAAGUCAGUUGGGUUCCUGAGAUGGGACAAUAAUGGCAUCAAAGGCAACGCCACUUGCUUCGUCUUCAUUGAUGGUUAUAUCUUCACUUGUCGACAUGUUGUACACAGGAUGGUUGGAGAAUACACACCUCCACAUCAGUGGCCACAUAUAAUAAGCAAAUGUGCAAAAGUAGCCUUCACUUAUGAGAAAUUCUGUCCCCCUGUUGAGGAAUGGUUUUCCCUCGAGCCAUGUGUUGACGUGUCUGCUGGAGAUCUAGAUUAUGCCAUUUUAAAACUAAGAGCAAAUGGAAAUGGAUUUCCUCCAGGACUAGUUGGCCAAAUUUCCUCUCUGCCAUCUAGUGGUUUGAUUUAUAUAAUUGGUCACCCAGAAGGCCAGACGAAGGAAAUAGAUGGGUGUGCUGUGAUUACUCUACCAGAGCGAGAAGGGAGGUACUCCCAGCUCCAUCAACAUGGGGUGGCGGGACCACAAGCUGCCACUCAUGAUGUUUGCUCUAUGUUUACCCCAAGAAGUUUCCCACCAGAGGCUUAUGUGAAUAGAACUGACAUGCUUAGUUAUGAUACUUGCUUUAGGAGUGGGUCCUCUGGCUCCCCAGUGUUUAAUGCAGAUGGUAAAGUGGUUGCUGUGCACUCCUUUGGGCAGUUUUAUAAAAGUGAGGGUAAGGACCAUGCCUUUAUUGAAUUUGGCUAUUCUAUGGAUUCAAUUCUUUGUGAUGUCAAACAGAGGAAGGAGCCCUUGUAUGCACUGUUAACUGGAGAGAAGAAACAUGAGAACCUCAAUCAAGAGAAAACUAACAAACAAGAGUCAUCACUUGGAGAUGAUCAGAUUGAACCCAUGGAAUAUUAGGGAAAAAGUGAGCCCUGGCCAGGUGGCUGAGCUGGUUGAAGUGUCGUCCUGUACACCAAGGAGACUCUGUGGUUUUGACCCCCAGUCAGGGCACAUACCUGAGUGGCAUGUUGGAGUCCUGGUUGUGUCCCAUAUGGGAGGCAUCAGAUGGAUGUUUCUCACAUCA